CAGAAAACAAAGGACCCUUGGAAUCUAUCGAAAACAGGACGCGGGCUAAUGCAAACUUCAGAAAAUAGUGUGUUUAUCUCAGAAGAUUCCACGCACAUUUCUUCCAGCUAAGACAUCCCGAAGUAUAUGUGGAGUUAACGUGUAGUCGCGACUGUCUCAUCACAGAAGAGUGCAGUUUAUCCUCAGAGCUGGUAAAAAAAUCAAGCGGGCUAACUCAGCGAGCUAACCGCUCUACGGCUGCUACAGCUGCGCAGUUUCGUUUCACUGAAAACACCGAAAACACCUCCACUGACACUAACCAGCCGAGCCUGCUCAGUCUAGUUGUGUUUUUCCUCGUGAAGUGUACCACGGAUUGUGGCAUGGGCUGACUUUGUCUAACUUUGGUAGCUUUGGGUUGCUAACUACAACAUAAACACAAAGCCAGGAUGAAGAGAAGAAUCGAGGCUCCAGCGUCACAGCUUGGGAUAAAAAGACAGCGUGAGGACAGCAGCUCAGAUGAUGAGUCACAAUUAUCCAGACAAGAUUCAAGCCAAAAUGAUUCCCUCAGCGACCAGGAUGACCACAGACCCGGAUUCUCCAUGCCCUCCAUAUCAUCCUUUGAUGACCAAGAUGCUGAUGGCAACCAGGCCUCCUCUGAUUUCUCCAUGUACAACAGUGUGUCACAGAAACUCAUGGCCAAAAUGGGUUUCCGUGAGGGUGAAGGUCUGGGUAAAUUUGGCCAAGGACGCAAAGAGAUUGUGGAGGCUUCGACUCAGCGAGGGAGAAGAGGUCUCGGUCUCACGCUGCAAGGUUUUCAAGGGGAGCUUAACGUGGACUGGCGGGAUGAACCAGAGCCAAGUGCUGUAGAAAAAGUGGACUGGUUCCCAGAAUGCACCACAGAAACUCCGGAUUCAGAUGAGCUAAGGGACUGGAUGAUUCUGGGACGGAGAAAACUGAAGAUUGAGGACGAGACAGAGUUUUGUACUGUAGACCUCCUGCACACUGUUUUAAGGUGCAAGACGGUGUUUGAUAACCUGGAGAGUGAGGAGAUGAGGAGAGCACGGACACGAUCCAACCCCUAUGAGACCAUCAGAGGAGGGAUCUUCCUCAACAGAGCAGCUAUGAAAAUGGCAAACAUUGACCACUGCUUUGACUCCAUGUUUACCAACCCAAAGGAUUCACAAGGGAAACCAGCGACAAGGGACCGUGACGGUGAGCUUCUGUACUUCGGUGACGUCUGUGCAGGGCCUGGAGGCUUUUCAGAGUACAUCCUGUGGAGGAGGCGCUGGCAUGCUAAAGGCUUUGGCAUGACGCUGAAAGGACCCUGUGACUUCAAACUGGAAGAUUUUUAUGCAGCACCAAGCGAGCUGUUUGAGCCUUAUUACGGGGAGGGAGGCGUGGACGGGGACGGAGACAUCACUCGGCCAGAAAACAUGACCGCUUUCAGGAACUUUGUCCUGGAGAGCACAGAGAAAAGAGGAUUGCACCUUCUCAUGGCAGAUGGGGGUUUCUCUGUGGAAGGACAGGAAAACAUCCAGGAGAUCCUGAGCAAACAGCUGCUGCUCUGUCAGUUCCUCACUGCCCUCUCUACACUCAGGACAGGUGGUCACUUUGUCUGUAAGACCUUUGACCUCUUCACUCCCUUCAGUGUGGGGUUGGUGUACCUGCUCUACCUCUGCUUCGACAGGAUCUCGCUCUUCAAACCUGUCACCAGCAGGCCGGCCAACUCUGAGAGGUACAUCGUGUGCCGCAGUCUGAAGCCUGGCUCAGAAGCCGUCAGGGAAUACAUGUUCAGAGUCAACCUGAAACUGAACCAACUGAAGAACACAGACACUGACGUCACAGAUGUGGUUCCCCUCAGCAUCAUCAAAGAGGACACAGACUUCUACCAGUUUAUGAUCAACUCCAAUGAGAGCCUGUGUGCGGUCCAGAUCAAGGCCUUGGCCAAAAUUCAUGCCUUUGUGGUCGACCCGACACUCUCAGAGACGAGGCAAGCAGACAUUAGGAAGGAGUGUCUGAAACUAUGGGGGGUCCCAGACAAGGCCAGAGUCACUCCGGCCUCCUCAGAUGCAAAGAGUAAAUUCUAUGAGCUGCUUAAGAAUCCAGAUGUGGAGUCGUUCCAGUAUAAGCUCACGCUUCUCAACUCCACCACGCUCGAGAAGUUGCGCCACAUCCUCGACCACAGGUGCAUCGUGGGAGGAGGAGAGCAGAUUUUCCUCUUAUCGCUGGGGAAGUCUCAGAUCUACACAUGGGAUGGGAGGAUGCCUUUGCGCUGGAGAAAACUGGAGAAUUUCAAGCUUGAGCUGCCAAGAGAUACACUCCUUAGUGUGGAGAUCGUCCAAGAGCUGAAGGGCGAGGGGAAAGCUCAGCGCAGAAUCAAUGCAGUUCAUGUGAUGGAUGCUCUGAUUCUGAACGGAACUGAUGUGAGAGACAAACACUUUAACCAAAGGAUCUACAUGGCUGAGAAGUUUGUGAAGGCUGUGGCCAAACCCAGCAGACCAGACAUGAACCCUAUCAGAGUGAAAGAGGUUUACAGACUGGAGGAAAUGGAGAAAAUCUUCGUCAGACUGGAGAUGAAAGUGACAAAGAGCUCAGGAGGAGUCCCACGUCUGUCCUACACGGGCAGAGACGACAGACACUUCCUCCCCACGGGCCUUUACAUCGUUAAGACCGUCAAUGAGCCAUGGACGAUGGCGUACAGUAAAAACUCCAAGAUGAAGUUCUUCUACAACAAGACCACCAAGGAGUCGACCUAUGAAAUGCCACCGAGCUCUGCCGCCCCCUUCCAGGUUUGCCACUCAGAGCGGCUCUUCUGGGCCUGGGUGGAUGGCGUCAUCGUUCAUGAUUCGCAGACUCGGAUGGAUCCUGAGAAACUGUCCAAAGAUGAUGUCCUGUCCUUCGUCCACCAGAACUACCAACCCUAAAACGCUACCAGAGACCCAGAGCUGCACCAGAGCCAUACCUGAACUCAGAAUGCACUAACUUAUGGAGGAUACAGAGCCUUGAAAGUGUAUCAUACAACGCCUUACUUGGUUUCAAAUGUGACGGUGAAAGAGGAAUUGAUAGACCGUACACCCCCCAUCCCUUUUUUUUAUUUCCAGUUGAAUAUUAAACUGAUCUUUGAACAUUUUAGAGCGGUUUUCCUCUCAAUUAUUCCGCUGAAAGAAAUUAUAAUCAGGUUGUAGCUGUAGCUCUGGUGCUCAGGGGAGCAAACAGCAGCUGUGGGUGGGAUUUGUACUGUCUCUCUACCUUUUCCACUGCCCUGUGCUCACCUCAGAGCAGUGUGGGGACAAUAAGCUGCUGUAGUCCCUGGAUUAGAUUGCAUGACCCUGUAGGUAAUUUUUUUUUUACAGUUCCUUGUAGCCAUAGAAUGCCUGUGUGUGAGAGAGAGAGUGCAUAUUUAGGAAAUGCUUCUGCAGUUUGGAUCAUGCUACAUUACAUAGUUACAAAUGUUAAACUAUGCAUCCCUGUCUGUAAAAACUUUGCUUGCCUUGCUCUACACCUGCUUGGUAUACGGCUGCUCCUCUCCUCGUCUCCAAAGAAACCAUAAUCUGUUUACACACACUCUUAUUCAAACUGUCGCUGAAGCUGAAACAAAACUGACAUUUUAAUCAACUGUAGAGCUUAUCCUCAACAUCACUGCAGCUUUUAAACCGGUAACAGAUGUAGCAGCAUUUAUAAAAAAAAGAAAUUCAUCAUGUUUGUGAGAUUGUUUGUGUGUGUUUGAGAUUUCAAAGCUUCCUGUUGGGCUUUUGUUUUUGUUCUCCUCUGACACCACUCUGUGAUUGUGCCUCAUAUCAUCUUGAAGGUGUGUUUCUGAAGCACUGCAAACUUUUCUCUUGUAAAGUGAGGUUUCAACCCCUUUGAUGUAAAUAAUGAUAAGGUAGUAAAUAAACGGGAGAUGCUCUUCCAAGAAAUAUUUUUAA